UUGUCUUUGUGCCGGCUAUACACACACAUCCACUCGUCUCGCAGCAGUUAACAGUUAAUAAUACCACCACCAUUAACACCACUACGGGCUAGUAAAAUAAUGACUACCGACCAGAACGACGACGACCAACCAUCAAUAUAUUGCUCAUCGCAUGAUACACAAGAGCGCAAUACGGCAGACACCUUGUUAGUAACUUGGUAAGUAAGUAACAAACAAGAAGAUAAAUGGCUUGAGGAGAAGAAACAGUAAAGAAGAAGUGAAAUAACAGAGGGAAUAAGAAGACUACGACGAGUGGUUACUUGGUAGUGAUCAAGUCCAAUAAGUAUAAAAGGGAACCUCGAAGUACAAGAGAUUAUUAAGGUAUAGGUGGGAAGCCACCGGAGAAAAAGUUCAGUCAGCUCUCUACUCUCUCCAAGCACGUUACUUGGUGAGACACGCACCUUUACACAAGGCACACAAAAUUGGAAACCUACACGUUAAGUGGUGCGUUUUGUAAAAAAAAUAACAUUUCUGAAAGAUAAUAUCCAACCGGAUAUUGGGCGACGAUGUCCGUAUGAAAAUUCGCAAUUUACUUAAUUCUCGUGGAGAAAGUAUUGAUCGUUAAAUAGUGAAAGCGGGCGAGGUUUGUGAUUUGUGUCGCGAAAGUCUUCCAAGUUUUGUGCAUAUUUUCAUUCAUUCACAAAUUGUUCGUUGAGCAUGUCUUGAUUGGAUCAUGAUUUACGUUAUGAAUUAUGCAUGUGAUGCAGACAAGUGUAACCUGUGCAUAAAAAUAAGACCAUCAUUAUAGAAAUUGUUACCCAUUUCUGUCCGUCGUGGUGGGUGUUAGUUUUGGCAGAGUAUUCAUAUCUAUAAAGAUGAAGUUGGUUUUCACCCAGUUUUUCUUGGGUGUGUUUCUCAUCAUCAAUGCGGUGUCGUCAUGCUCGUCGAAAUCUGCACCUCAAAAGCUCGCAGUGACGACGACAUCAACGACGACGAAGCCUCUUCCUCGUCCGCAUUCUUCUUACGAUACCGUGAAUUUACAACCAGUCGUGGCGACGGGAAAUUCCAACGCGGAGGAUGGUGUCUGGAAGCCAAGUCGAGAAGAAGAAGACGAAGGUGACCGUCCUCGUUCGACAGACAGUUCUUCUUCUUCGAGCACUAAGAAGCACCAACAACAACUCUCCGCCUCGCCUGCUAAUGGUCAUAAUGAGGAACUACUACUUAAGUCCGUGCCGACAGAAAUUAGCAAGAGACUUGGUGGAUCCACCGGAGAUGAUGAUGAGAAUUAUUCCACCUCGGCCCUACUCCCAUCAUCCUCUUUUCUCGAUGCGAACAGCCAACACAAUCAGCACACCAACCAGUUCCACAAAAGCCAUAAACCUUUGACACUCGUCCACUUUGCCAACAAGAGUGUCCAAUGUAAUGACAAGACGACGGCAGGAUAUUACGUGAGAAACUCCCACGUAAGGAAUUCAAAUACAUGGAUAAUAUUUCUCGAAGGUGGAUGGUUCUGUUUUGAUGAGAGAAGCUGUCAAAAUCGGUGGUUACGUCUCAAAAACUUGAUGAGUUCGUCUGCGUGGCCUCAUCACAAACAUGUUGGAGGAAUCCUUUCAGGCGACCCGAACGAAAAUCCAUAUUGGUGGUCGGCCAACCAUGUGUUUGUCCCAUACUGUUCAUCCGACACUUGGAGUGGAACAACUAAAGCGGACGAAAACGGGAGCAAGUUCAGCUUCAUGGGAGCCCUGAUUAUUGAAGAAGUGAUCAAAACCCUAAUUCGAAAUGGAGGAAUUCGUUCCGACUCGACCGUCAUUCUUGCCGGGAGCAGCGCAGGUGGCACUGGCGUUUUAAUUAAUUUGGACCGCGUAGAAGAGCUCAUGCACGAGCAGUUUGACUACGUAGACUCUGGACCUCCUCGCGUCAAAGGGAUAUCUGAUUCUGGCUGGUUUAUCGAUAAGCUACCCUCGUACUCGGAGAAAGUUGAUUGUCACGACGUGAUUCUUUGUCCUCCGCACAUUUCCUUGAAGAAAGGCAUGCAUCUGUGGAACUCCAGGCUGCCGGAGAGAUGCCAAAAUUCGUACCCGGAUGAGCCAUGGUCUUGUUUCUUCGGAUAUAGGAUCUACCCCACGUUAAAAGCCUCCUCAUUUAUUUUCCAAUGGAUGUUUGACGAAGCGCAAAUGCUGGUAAAUAACGUUCCUACGCCCGUACUCAAAAAGGAGGAGUGGGACUACGUCUAUAAAGUUGGAGACGAACUUAAAAAAACUUUAAUCAAUGUGACAAAUGUUUUCAUCCCGGCGUGCAUGGCUCAUACCGUACUGACGCAUCGAGAUUGGAAACGUGUCGAGGUAAACUCUGUGUAUUUACCGAGGGCACUAAAGUGCUGGGAAUCUGGAGGAAUUGUGGGGGAGUCAAAUUCUAUACAGUCGAGUCAUGCCUCCUACCAGUCAGGCUGGGAUGACGACGACGAGGAAGAAUCAUCUAGUCUCUCGCACCGAAGAAAUCCCCGACUUGGGAACAGAAUCAGUUUACAACACUCCACACCCACUGAACAAUCUGAUUUUCUCGAUGUCAACUCAAACGACUCGCGACGCAAUAGACGACGCCACAACCGACACCGUCAAGCCCAAAUGACGAAACGAGAAAGGAGAAAGCACCGCAAAAAGAUGGAGCAAGAACGAAUCGCUGCAGAGAAAGCGUCUCAAGCAAAUAACAAUAAACGGAGAAAUGUCGCCAAUGAUUUCCACGUCGCGAAUUCGGACACAUUGUCCACCAAGACGAGACUACGUCAGAGACGUCGACAUCAAGAUAACAAACCCACAACUAAUUCACAACAACAGUCAGACGAACCUCUUCGAGGCAGAAGUGUCAACAACAACAACCACAUUAAUUCUCGUACCAAUAGUAAUACGAAAUCAUCCAAUAAUUCAAAUAAUAAUGGGAGAGUACCUCGUAAAAAUAAUAAUAAUAGUAACAACCACCACCACCGAAGUAGCAAUAGUAAUAGUUUAGAUGUAACUAAUAACUUUACAAAUAAUCAUCUCAGGAAUAAUAAUAGAAAUAAUAAUAAUAAGAAAAAGAACCGAAAAAGGAGAUGGUACUCUGUCUGCGACGCUGGCGACAGCAGUGUUGGUGGAGCCGGUGGUGAUAUUAGAUUGAUUGAAAAUCGAUGCUCUUUUCCUCAGUGUAACAAGAGCUGUCCGAAACUGUUAAAUCCGUUAACGGGAGAAGAAGUGGAUUUUAAAGACUUGUUAAAAUCAUUCGGACUGGACAUGGCAACUAUGGCGAAAGCCUUGGGAAUUGAUUUGGCCACUUUGAACAACAUGGAUCACCAGGUUUUGUUGCAAAUGUUAACCCAACAUGCUUAACCAGUCAAGUUUUACGAUACAUACAUAAAUACAAGACAAUAUAUACUCGAGUAAGGGGGUUGUGUUAGGCUGGGUCGUGCCCCCAACGCCCCAAGAAGAGAGAGAAGGUCACGGUAACGAUAUACAAAUCUGCAGAAAACCCCAACCUCACCUACCUGACCAGCAGUAUUUUUAUUGAUUAAACGACGAAUCUCCUCCAAAAUGUGUGGAUGGAAGAAGAUCAAUUAAGAUGAAUCUCACCUUCAUUUCAUUUUUAAUGACGAGUCAUGCUUUUAACCGUUGGUACAAUUUUAUGUACUCAUUAUUGUUGUUGAACCGUAUAACCAAGCUUUGUAAAUUACCCUUGUAUGUAUUUAUGAAUUAAAUAACACACCACACGUUGUUUUGAUUUUUGUAAUUAAACAUGUCAAUAAUGUUAAUGUUAUCUUGCCGUGUACAGUAAAUUAAAUAAGUAUAUUAUAUUAUGGAAAAGUUACAAGUAAUAAAAAUUCCGGUAAUUUAUAACCUCAUCGAAAAAUG